AUGGUCAAAAUCGCAAUUAUUACCUACUCUCUGUAUGGGCACAUCGAUACACUAGCAAGAGCCAUCCAGAAGGGCAUUGAGGCUGAAGGCGGUAAAGCAGAUUUGUUUAGAGUGGAGGAAACUCUAUCAGAUGAAAUCUUGGCUAAAAUGCAUGCACCAAGUAAGCCUGAAGAUGUUCCUGUAGCAACUACUCAAACUUUGGAAGAGUAUGACGCAUUUUUGUUCGGUAUUCCUACAAGAUACGGCAGUUUGCCAGCACAAUGGUCCGCCUUCUGGGAUUCAACAGGAGGCCUUUGGACCAAAGGUGCUCUUUAUGGUAAGCCAGCGGGUGUCUUCGUUUCCACGGGUACCUAUGGUGGUGGCCAAGAGGUAACUAUCAAGAGCUCUCUAUCUUACUUGGUUCACCAUGGUCUCAUUUUCAUUCCUCUAGGUUACAAAAACACAUUUGCCGAGAUGUCAAAUGUCGAAGAAGUUCACGGUGGUUCUGCAUGGGGAGCCGGAACUCUAGCGGGCCCUGAUGGUUCCAGAACGGCCUCUGCGUUAGAAUUGAGAAUUGCAGAAACUCAGGGUAAAACCUUCUACAAAACUGUCAAACACUUUCCAUUAGGCAAGUCUGAAAAGGAAUCUGCUAAGGCUGCCCAAAGUUCACAGAAGACUGCUGCCGCUAGACAGACUCAACCUGCUGCUAGCGAAAAACAAGAAAACAAAAGUAAGUUGACGGACUGUUGUGUUGUUAUGUAG